GAUCGAUCUCGGGUUGGGGAGCGCGGUCUCAUGGUGGCGCACAUCGCCGUACGGCCGCCGCAGCUCGCUUGAGCUCACGGCUGCUCCGCAGCGGCCGCCAUUUUGAUCGUCCGUCCCAUGGCGGCGCGGCAGCGUGAUGAGGAGCGCACCUAGUCGCCGGCCAUGCAGCCACCCGUCGGCGAGUUGCUCCUCGUGCUGCUGCUCUGCCACGCGGCUCCCUCGCCGCUGCUCGCCGCCCGACGGUACACUAGGGAGGCAGAUUCGGCCUUUGAUGAGCUUCCAGACAACAGCCGGUUACUAGUGGUGGACCGGCUGAAGCGGUACCCGGAGAAUGAGCGACUUAUUGCUAGCAUUCCGAGCCGCAUCUAUGAGGUGAUCUACCCAGUUCAGGUGCGCCACCACCAGAAGCUGGGCAUUUCCACCAGAGACACUACAGCAAACAAGACAAACAAGCAUUUUCAUCAAACAUCAUUGCUCAUCAAGGCAUUUCACUACAAAUUUCGUUUGGAACUUGAGCUCAAUGACUACCUUCUUGCCCCCAAGAUGCUCCAGAAGCACCUCCAUAUUGAUGGCAUCUGGCAGCUGUCAAGUCAGGAGGUGGAGCACUGCUACUACCAUGGCACCAUCAAGGACUACCCCGGUGCCGUGGCUGCUUUUCGUACCUGCAGUGGAAUCAGUGGCAUCAUUCACAUUCGCAAUGAAACCUUUGUCAUCCAUCCAUUCUAUGGAGGAGACCUGUCGCGGGUCCACCCCCAUGUCAUCUACAAAUACUUCAACGUCAACAAGAAUCCCUACAUCUGUGGCAACUCACGCAUGCACGAGUGGGGCUUCAAACACUUCCGCAAGACUCUCCCAACUCUGCCCAGAUAUAAGACUAGAAUCCAGCCUCGGGCUGACAAGAGAGACGUACGAGAAGUGUACAAAUUUAUUGAACUGGCCCUUGUACUGGACCAAGCUAUGUUUGACGCCCGUAACAGCACCCGUACAGAGGUGAUGAGCGAUGCCAUACAAAUAAUCAACUGCGUAGACAUGUACUUUCGAACGGUGAAUACACGGGUUUCAAUUGUCUACCUGGAGACGUGGGCAACGGGGGACCAGGUGGAGCACACAACUGACAUUCGCCAAGCCCUGCUCAACUUCGUUGACUACUCCGCCAAGAACCUUUACAAGCAGGCUGUUGAUGCCACUCACUUGCUCACUGGUCGCCACUUUCCAAGUCGAGAGGUGGGCAUGGCCAUACCUGACACUGUGUGCACGGCAAAGGCAGUGGGAGUAAGCCAAGAUACAAAUGUGUACGAGCCCCAUCUAGUGGCCAGCACUGUGACACACAUGCUCGGCCACAAUCUCGGCAUGAGUCACGAUGAUGGUGGAAGCUGCCAGUGCCAGGACUCGUGGGGUUGCAUAAUGGGGCCUGGCAUUCUAGGAACCAACCAUAUCCAGCCAUACCACUUUUCAUCAUGCAGCCUGGAAGAGUACAUAAACGCGCUGCGCAUUGGUCAUGGCAUUUGCCUUUUCAACAAGCCUGGCCAGCUCGAAGACUUCCGCACCUGUGGCAACGGCAUCAAGGAACAGGACGAAGACUGCGACUGUGGCACUAUGGAGGAGUGUGCAAAGACUGACCCCUGCUGCGACCCGAUCACGUGCAAACUGCGUGUUGAAGCAAACUGUUCAGCAGGGCCAUGCUGUGAGAAUUGCAAGUUGCGUGCUGCUGGCCAGCUUUGUCGCAUUCCCGAGUCUGAAUGCGACAUUCCUGAGUUCUGUGAUGGCCACUCUGGCGAGUGUCCAGCCAACAUCUACAAGAAGGCUGGCCAGGAAUGCAAGAAAGGCAGUGGUUUCUGCUACCGAGGCAAGUGUCAUACGUCUGAUGAACAGUGCGAGUUCAUCUGGGGGUUUGGAGCACGACGCUCAGAUGAGAAAUGCUUUGGUGAGUUCAACGUGCAAGGCAGCAUGAGUGGCAACUGCGGUCCAGACGGACGGAAUGGCUACCUCAAGUGCAGCCGCGAUAACAUGAUGUGCGGCACCCUGCAGUGCCAGCGAGGUGCUCGGGCCCCGAUUGUGCUCGGCAUGGAGAAGCUCUACACUCGCACCAUCAUCUCCAUAGAGGGCUCCGAAUUUGAGUGCAAGGUAUCCACUGGGUCUCUUUCUGGGGACAUUCCGGACAUUGGCAUUGUUUGGGAUGGAACAAAAUGCGGAUCUUCCAAGAUUUGUGUGAACAAGUCAUGCCUUCCAGUUGAGCACUUCCGGGAGCUGGGAGUCUGCCCUAGCAACAACCUGGCACUCGCCUGCUCAGGCCAUGGUGUGUGCUCCAAUGUGAACACGUGCUACUGUGAUGAGGGCUACCUGGGGCCUGAUUGCAGCCAGCGGGCUAAUGCCACCGAGGCCCCGCCUGCGCUGGUUCCCCCUCCUGCUACAGAUGUCAUGCCACCAACACCUCCCACCGCCACAGAUGCAUCAAGCCGGUCCAACAAAAGCUCUAGGACAACAUCUUAUGUGGGCAGGAAGGAUGCUUUGAGCACUCCUUCGCUGGUGAUUGUCCUCGUGUCAGUGGUUGGUGGCGUCUUCAUCUUCUUUGCCCUCCUGGCCACUUGCUACAGGCGGAGUACCAUGCCCAAGCUAGAGCAGGCCCCAGGGGCGCCCAAGAAAGGCUCAACCCGACACAAGGCACCAAUGACUGCAGCCAAGAAAGAGCAUGAAGACGCUCCCGGACACCAUGCCUCGACCACCCUGGACAGCCGCAUCAUCACCUUUGGGAGCAUGCCUUCCUACAGGGAAGACAAGCUACAGGAGCUGAAGCGGAAGGAGCCAGAUGAAGCGGACGAGACGUUCAUGGAGCUUUCACCUAAAGACCUGGCCAAGGAUGGAGGCUGGCCACCACUGGCCUCCGCCACAGGGGGUGACACGCUGAGUGAGGUUGAGCGCACGCUCAAGAGCCUCAAUGGCUACCACGAGGAGAUCCUGGAGGCGCUGCACUCAGCCUCGUCACACGCGAGCCCAGGACAGGAUUCUAGGCGGGACCUACCACGUCCCGAGCCUUGCAUGGCCGAUCCUGCUGAGCCCAUCCGUAUCCGUAAUCUGGAAGACCUGCUGCGACAGCUUGAGCCCGGUCCUUUGGAGCCGAGUGGGUCGGAACGGCUGAGUGAGCCUGAGGCAGACCGGCACUACCUGGACGGGGGCUCGCCUUAUGGUCUGCGCUACCUGCUGGAGGAUGCGUACGCGCAGCCAGAUGAGGACGAUGAAGACGACGAGGAGAGCGAGGACACUGGGCGGGGUACGGAGCAGCAGCAGCAGCAGCAAACUGGUCCCACGCGGCGUCAGCGUUCGGCAAGUGAAGAGGCCCUGCCACUGGCAUUUCCAGCCGGUGCACUGCCCAGCCCACCGUCAGAGGAGUCCGGCUCCUUGGAGGAAACUUUUCGACCACCACCCAUGCUGCUGCCUGGACCACCCCCACGCCGCAUGCGACCCAAGAAGAAGUUUCCCGAGUACAAGAUGCCUCCCGGGGAUGCUCACCGGAGGAACUACUACAAGUGAGGCCGCGGCCGGGACCGCGGGGCGCCGCCGCCGACCCUGACUGCACUGCCGCCCCCUUCCCCAUCCACUCCACUGCACUAGUCGUCGUCAUCGUAGCGCGCCGCUAGUCUCAUUAAUCACACGUCAGCAGUGUUGAGUCUGUAGGCAUGCGAUGCUCUCUCUCCUUUGUACUCAUGGAUGCAUUAAAAUGACAACCCUUUCACUCUUUCUG